AUGAAACGUCGGAUUGAACCCGGGAAGGACAGCGAUAUUGAGAAGGACGAGGAGUCACGGGAGACACAGCGCAAAGUCAAGCUAAUCCCCAGGCGCUCCGAGCUUACACCAGCGGUAUGGUUUAUGCUGAAGAUCUUGGUGGGUGUCGGGGGAAUAGCCAUGGUCGUGAAUCCCGUGUAUAUUUGGGGCGAGGCGCCGGGAGGUUUACCUUCCGACACGGAUGUCGUGUAUCAGCAGGCUGAGUCGACCUUCUACGCGCCUGGUAAGAGGGAACAGUCGGCAGCCUUACCCGAUGGCGUGACACUAAAACCUGGCGGCGGGAACCAGCAACUGCGCCGCGUAGCACAUGUCGGCGAGGAACAGGACCCCAUGCCGCCUCUAUCUCCCACGGGAGGAGUGAACUCAGAAAAUCUACGCGAUGUACGUGGCACCGGUAGCCAUCCCGUUGGUGCUGAAGUGGGCCAGUUGAACGCUCCGGUCGCCGGUGAAUCGUAUGAAAUCGCAUCAGCUGCCAUCGAAACGGACAAGGCUGAAGACCCAGUCGCCACCGACGUUUUACCCGCAAUCACGAAGUUCACGGGGGACGACCGAUCUCCUGGCGGGGACUCUUUGGCGGAAGCAGACGCUGGCGCUCACGCCGGCGUCGCCCUAGCCGCGACCGCCGAUGAACGCGAUAAUGCCGGGACCUUCGUUGUGAAAUCGGUCGAGGGAAGGGGACAAGCGGGUGAGAGCCAGCUGGACAAGCUGGUCGAUACUGCUCCGGAACCGAACCAGCAGCAGGAGCUUGUCGGAGAGUACCCCACGCACCAACUCGACGCUGCCUCAACAGUGCUUGAACCUGCGGAACAACCGCAGGUCACGCGUGAACAGCCCGCGUUCCUCACACCAGAAACUAACGGAGCGGACGAACACGUAGACAUCGCAUUUUCACCGGUCACGACAAACUCUGCCAAGCUUGCAUCACCGGAAACUAAUGGUGUCGAGGGGAGCAUCGACACAGCGGUUGCUGCUGCUGAAGCGCCGUCUUUGCCGGUUGCUGAUGCCACUACCUUGUCUGCCAAAAUCGGCGUGGAAAAUACCGGUGAUGAAGACGAGAGAGUUGAUGGUCGCGUUGCUGGUGGUGAUGCUGCGUCGCACGUACCACCAGCUACGCCCGUCUUGCCCGAUACUUCGUCCCCUGUCGACCUAGAUGGAGCCCGUGGUUUGGACGGCUCCAACGUGUGGGCUUGGCUUCAAGAGGCCACAUCUUUGAAGAGCAUUUGCCCAAGCAACCCAUGCAAAGACGGAAAGCACAUGCUCACCGACAACGGUGACCUCCGAAAUGAAGUAUCGCGCGUCAGGGGUGCGGUGGUCGUCACAAGGCCAGAGCUGACAGCACGUCCUGGUAUCCUGACACCAGCCAACGGGUUGGAUUUUGUCGAGACGUUGAGGUCGUACUUUCCCAUCUUCAGGAGCUCCCUCUUUCCCAGGCAUCUAAGUGUGUACUACCCGGGACCAGACGUCGAUAUGGCCUCAUCGUUCAGCAGUGACAACGGGUACGAGGGCGUACCCACCCUCGUAAGCCUCACCGAUGUCUUCAUCAACUCCUCGGGCUACGUCUGGAACGAAAAGAACUACAUUGUGCCGAAGUCCUGUGGGUCUGCCGAGUUCGAUGGCUCCUCGGCGAGAUGGUCUCUACCAAGGAAUGCUCCGCGGCACGACAAGGUGUUCGUGAUCACCCAGCACUGGGGAGAUGCCUACUUCCACUUUUUGUCGGAGUGCCUGCCUCGAGUGACGUUAAUGUUGGACGUCCUGCUGGCAAACUCCGAGAUCAAGAUUGCGGUGCAUGCUCCACCACCGACCUGGAGCGACCGCAAGCACUACACAUCUGAGCUCAUGGCGCUUCUCGGUAUACAGGAAGAGCGCCUCAUCUUUGUGGACACGGAGAUUCAUGCAGAUCUAGCAAUUCUGCCGGAGUCCACCGCAUGCGAAACGCCCAACACCGCGAUGGUCAACAUGCUGAGGUCCGCUCUGCUGAAGGGGAUGUAUCCGAGCAGCGCGGGAGUUCCUCCCCCAGUAACCCGCCCCCCCACCUUGGUACUCGUGCGCCAGAAGGAGGGGGGGCUGAGAAACCACGACCAGAUUCGGAAGGCUCUACAGACGAAGUUCCCGAAGUACGACGUGGUAGAGUCCUUCAGCGACAGUCCCGCGCUGCAGCAGCUGCACACCUUCGCGGUGGCCUCCCUGAUCGUGGCCCCCCACACCGCGGGGUUGUCUGCCAUGAUUGUGUCGCCCCUAAACACUCCGGUGCUUGAGAUAGGGCCGCCGACAUGUUCAAGCGGGUACAUGCACCUUGCCGUGAAGCUGCAACACGUAUACGCGAGACACCUCGGUUUUAGCGACACCAUGAGCGUCGACGCAUUAUGCGACAGCCAUUAUGAACCGAACGUCGGUGAAAUCAUCAACCUCGUUAGGAAGCUCCUCGAGGCGAAGAAUCAGGUCGACAUCGCCAGCACUCCGAGUGGCGUCACUACCGCACACGGUGUUGCGGUCGAUCUAUCGCCUCCUGGUACCAUCGCGGACCAUCGACUACAGGAGGUUGGCGCGCUUGAAAGCAACGUCGUUUCGACGCCGCCCGUUAUCGGCAUGAAUCCCCCGCAGACGAACGUUCAUCCAGAGGAGACGGUAGGCGCGGGGGAUAAAGCCUCGAGACGGUUAGCGAUGUUACCCCCGGUCGAAAAGAUAGCCGACGCGGCCCGCAACUGGAUUCACGAGGCCAUGAAGGCGUCAACGGGGCCAGGAGGCACGGGGAUGCCAUUUUCGAAACCCCAGGGCGAUGGGGGCAAACAAGAGCGACAGGCGGAAACCGAGGAUACGGAAGGAGAGGAGAAUGCUGCCCAGGAUGAGUACAGCGCUGACUAUGACUUAUUCCCCUACUACGACAGCUGGGAAGAUGACGCGAUCUUGUGGCGCCUCUCGGACGACGGGUACGUCAUGUCCGGGCGAGGAGACCAUUUCCCCCGAGUCCCCUACCCUGACAACGCCGGCGAGCGGCAGCAAGAAGGGGCCAUGAAGCAAGAGAAGAUUGUCUCAAAUAAUCCGUCCGCCGAUCAUGGUGAGGAGGACUUCGACCUCAUGCAGGGAGAUGAAUAUACCACCGACGACGAUAGCGUUUUACGGAGGGCAACGUGGCCGGGAAGGACGGAGGAAGGGGAGAACAAAGGCCGAAACGUUUCUCCUCUCCCCGACAACGUUCAUACUGGCGCGGAAUCUCUCAACCCCGAAAUCAACGGCGCUUACGCUCAAGACGAGAUGAACGUGGGACAACAAUCCACCGAUGAAGGCGUUCUCAACCGCGAGUCGUCCAUCGACCACGUCACGGGCUACGAACCGCGUCCCAGGGGGCGCACUACUUUCGGCAGUGGGGGGCACGGACAGCCGCAGCAACCGCGAAGAAAGAGGGACGUCAAGGCGGAAGAACCGGACGUUUGGGACGCCGACGACGACUUCUAUUUGAACAUUGCUCGAGAGUCGAGGAACGGCAGAAAGGAGAACCACGGCGGCAGUGGUCCGGAGGAACAGCCGCAGCAGAAAGGAAGGGAGAGGGACGUCAAAGCGGGAGAGGACGUGGACCCGGACGUUUGGGAAUUCGACGACGACUUCUAUAUCCACAUUGCUCGCCAGUGGAUGCAUGAGAGAAAGGAAAACCACGCCCCCGAGGUGCCCGCGGAAGAGGCGGCGGAGGAGGUGCACGAGGAAAGCUGGACAUGGAAUCCCUUGAGCACUGACGUUGAGGAUGAUUUCCCGUACUACGAAGACCCCGCUUUGUAUGAGCCCAAUAGUGAGGUUGAGCCAGAACAACAGGCCAUGAACGUGGGGGAAUCCAUAGGGGUGGCCAUCAACCCGGAGACGGACGAUGCUGAUGAGUACUCCUUGUACGCAAUCGGCGACUUUGAAACAACGAAAGGGGAACAAGCAGUUUCGGCUGGGGGAACGUACAGCGACGAAACUCCCAUCGUGUCGAGUUCAACAAGAGAAGCGGAAAACGGGCAGGUGACUUCGACCCCAGAUGGGUACUCCGGACGCUUGCAAGAUGACGAUGGCCACCCCAUCUUCGCCGAAUGGCGUCAAGAGAGACAGGCCGAUGCGGAUGCGGCAGGGGUUGCGGUUGAACAGGAAACGGACGACUGGAGCAGCUCCUCCUCCACUGACGGCGAUGUAGGUCUCCAGCGAGCUCAUAUGCUUGCGAUUAUUCGAGGCUGGAAUGAUAGAUUGGUAGAGCAGGGGGGGCAGCACAAAAAAAAAGCAGGAGAACAGUGGUCCAGCUUCCCAAACUUCUAUCCGAAUGACCCGUUUGACCAAAGCGAUGAGAGCGAGGGAUAUUUCGCCUGGGAGCAGCGCUAUUCUAUCAGGAAACAACCAGGCGGGGGUGAUGCUUCUGUUACUAACGUGGGAGAAGAGAAGGACGAAGAUGACGAAGACUUUCAAUUUGAUUCAUUCGCAGACAACUAUCAACUCUUUGCGCACGAUCAACACGAGGUGGCCGUGGGUGCAGCGGCGCAUGAGGUUGGCGGUGGACUGAACGACCAGCGAGAAUAUGGGGUGGAGGAAGGGACACCGCCACUCGACACGGACAGUGAAUACUUCACACACCUUACAGAAAUGCAGCAUUUCUCGGAGAUGGCUCAGGGCCCUAGGUUCACCGGCAUGGAGCAUCAGCUGCAUCAACCGUCUCCCGGGUCGCAGUACCGGAUGAAGUCGGCUCAGGUCGCUGCUGAACAACCAGGAGAGGCCCUCGAACAGCAGGAAAACAAACGGUGGACUAACCUUCGCAAGACCAGCCUGGUGGGAGGCGUUGCCCUCAAACUUCUUGAGGCCCUCUUGCCGCGCAACGUUCUAGCCGGUCUUCAGGGCGACAACGACGACGAAACACAAGAAACUCAACAAGAUCCCGGAAACGCCGAUGGAGCCAACUCGAGAAUUGGCGACGGGGGUGUGGGUGUUGAUAUCGACUUUGGCCCCGCAACCCCCGGAGUCGUUCAGGUGGCGAGAAAGCUUCGCGGCGGUUCAAACGGAAGGAAGCCCACCGAGGAAAAAUGA